CCGCCCUUCGGGCUGUGUCGCGGAGGCGCAGACCGUUCUGAAAGGCCCCCGGGAGGCGGGAUCUCCGAGAGGCUCGGCGCUGAGCCGGGGUAGGGCUGUGGCUGCCCUUCCACCCCGAGCAGAAGUUGGGCUUCUCCGCUCCCCUCCUGCCACAAGGGGAUGCGGCUCCCGGAAAGUGAAUUAUACCUUAAUGUAAUACCAGUUGUGUGCAACGCAUGGAAACUAUUACAGUUUAUAAUGUCAAAAACUUUUCAUAGACCAAAGGUAACUUCCACAAAGGUAACUGACUGGGUUGACCCGUCAUUUGAUGAUUUUUCAGAGAAUAUAGGCAUCUCUACUAUUACUGCCACAUCGCUAGGUGUGAAUAACUCAAGUCAUAGAAGAAAAAAUGUGCCUUCCACAUUAAAAAGUAGCAGAUUUCCAGCUCAAAAAAGAGGGAAACUCUAUUCCUCAGAACAGAGUUAUGGACUAGAAAAUUCAAAGGAAUAUCCUUCUGAAAAUGAACCAUGGGUGGAUAAAUAUAAACCAGAAACUCAGCAUGAACUUGCUGUGCAUAAAAAGAAAAUUGAAGAAGUUGAAACCUGGUUAAAAACUGAAGUCUUAGAAAGGCAACCAAAACAGGGUGGAUCUAUUUUAUUAAUAACAGGGCCUCCUGGAUGUGGAAAAACAACAACUAUAAAAAUUUUGUCAAAGGAGCUUAGUAUUCAAGUACAAGAGUGGAUUAAUCCAAUUUUACCAGACUUCCAAAAAGAUGAUUUCAAGGUGCUUUUUAAUUCUGAAUCUAGCUUCCAUCCCUAUCAGUCUCAGAUAGCAGUCUUUAAAGAGUUUCUAUUAAGAGCAACAAAAUAUAACAAACUACAAAUGCUUGGAGAUGAUUUGAGAACUGAUAAGAAGAUAAUUCUGGUUGAAGAUUUACCUAACCAAUUUUAUCGAGAUUGUCAUACAUUACAUGAAGUUCUAAGGACAUAUGUGCAGAUUGGUCGAUGUCCUUUAAUUUUUAUAAUCUCUGACAGUGUUAGUGGAGAGAAUAAUAGUCAGAGGUUAUUGUUUCCCAAAGAAAUUCAAGAAGAAUGUGGUAUAUCAAACAUUAGUUUCAACCCUGUGGCACCAACAAUUAUGAUGAAAUUUCUUAACCGAAUAGUGUCAAUAGAAGCUAAUAAGAAUGGAAGUAAAAUUAUCAUCCCUGAUAAAACUUCUCUAGAAUUGCUCUGUCAAGGAUGUUCUGGUGAUAUCAGAAGUGCAAUAAACAGCCUCCAGUUUUCAUCUUCAAAAGGAGACAACUAUAUAUGGCCAAGGAAAAAAGAAGUGUCUUUAAAAUCAGAUCCAGCACUGUUAAAAUCAAAACGAAGGAAAAAACCUGAUACAGUUUCUGAAAAUCAAGAAGUUCAAGCUAUUGGUGGCAAAGAUGUUUCACUCUUUCUCUUCAGAGCUUUGGGGAAAAUACUGUAUUGUAAAAGGGCAUCUUCAACAGAGUUAGAUGUACCUCGAUUGCCUUCUCAUCUAUCAGAAUAUGAGCGGGAUACUUUACUUGUUCAACCUGAGGAAGUGGUAGAAAUGUCACACAUGCCUGGAGAGUUAUUCAAUUUAUAUCUUCACCAGAACUACAUAGAUUUCUUUGUGGAAAUAGAUGAUCUUGUGAGAGCCAGUGAAUUUCUGAGUUUUGCAGAUAUCCUCAGUGGUGACUGGAAUACACGCUCUUUACUCAGGGAAUAUAGUACAUCUAUAGCUACAAGAGGUGUAAUACAUUCCAACAAAGUCCGAGGAUUUGCUCAUUCUCAAGGAGGAGGAUCAAGCUUUCGUCCCUUGCACAAGCCCCAGUGGUUUUUAAUAAAUAAAAAGUAUCGGGAAAAUUGCCUGGCUGCAAAAGCACUUUUUUCUGACUUCUGCUUACCAGCUUUAUGCCUCCAAACUCAAUUGUUGCCAUACCUUGCUUUGCUAACCAUUCCAAUGAGAAAUCAAGCUCAGAUUUCUUUUAUACAAGAUGUUGGGAGACUUCCUCUGAAGCGACACUUUGGAAGGUUGAAAAUGGAAGCCCUCACUGACAGGGAGCAUGGAAUUAUAGACUCAGACAGUGGAGAUGAAGCACAGCUUAAUGGAGGUCAGCCUGCAAAGGAAGCUCUGAGUGAAUGCACACAGGCCACUGAAUCGGCCUCCUCUCUUCCUUCCAGUCAGAAUAGUGGGAGUGAACUGCCUGCUAGUCAACCUCAGCCAUUUGCAGCCCAGGGAGACAUGGAAGAAGAAGACAUGAUCAUAGAAGACUAUGAGAGCGAUGGGACAUAGAGACCAGCCUGUCAGUCACAUUACUGUUGACAGAUUCAUAUUAGUUUUAUUUGUUGGUACUUGAACAGAGAUAAUAUAUUUUUCAGAUGACUUACAGUUCUUCACGUGUAGCAUUUCAGCACAAUGAACUGACUCUACUGUCUUCUUGAAGUUAUUAGAAGACCAAGCCUUCAAAUAAUGUCUUCAUUAUUUUCCUCUAGUAUUUAUUUAGAAUUGUGAGUUGUGUUGGCAGAGGUCAGUGUGCAUGAAGUAUCUUUGAACAUUAUGCCAAAUAUCAGAAACUGUGAAGGAGUAAUUCAGAAUACAAAAACUUUAUGGGGUUUGUAAAUAUGCAUUAUAAAACAGGUUAGAAUACAAUUCUGAGUGUAAAUAAACCUUGUGCCUUAUUCAGUUUCUCUGUGAUCUCUAGCUUCUCCAAUGCCAUUUUAAUAUAUUGUACAGUGGAAUAUUGUAGAUACUUUUUGGAAAGUAUUUACAUAAUUUAUAUGAAAAUUAAAAUGUUGAGUUU